CUGUUGCUGUACAAGCUGCAGUGACAUCAUCGGGGAUGUGGAGACGCCGGAGCUAACUGCUGGUCUCUUCAUAGCAGAAGAUACGAGACCCUCCCCCGUCUGUCUGUGUUUUACAGCCAGAAACAGACAUGUCUGACUUCUCAGAGGACCAGAUCAUGGAAUUCAAGGAGGCCUUCCUUCUAUUUGACCGGACGGGCGAGGGGAAGAUCACCUACAGCCAGUGUGGGGAUGUUAUGCGGGCCCUUGGACAAAACCCUGUCAAUGCUGAGGUCCUCAAAGUCCUGGGAAACCCCAAAUUAGAAGAGAUGAACCACAAGAUGCUGGAUUUUGAACAGUUCCUGCCCAUGCUUCAGGCCAUUGCAAAGAACAAGGACCAGGGCUCCUUUGAGGAUAUUGUAGAGGGCCUGCGAGUCUUUGACAAGGAGGGAAAUGGUACAGUGAUGGGAGCCGAGCUACGUCAUGUCCUCACCACACUAGGUGAAAAAAUGACAGAGGAGGAGGUGGAGACUCUUUUAGCAGGACACGAAGACGCCAAUGGCUGCAUUAACUAUGAAGAACUUGUCCGGAUGGUGAUGAGCGGUUGAGGAGUUCAGAAACACACUUCCAGCUUUAAUUUUAUUCCUGAAUGUUUUUGUUUUGUUUGUCUCAUCUUUCCCUCCCAUCCAUGUCAUCCUACCUCCACCAAGUCUGUGUUUUGUUUAUUUUGGCGUCUGCAUUUUAUUUCAAAAGUGCCUUUUCUGUCUAAUGUGAAGAGACCAUUUCAUCUCAUUUUCCUAACAUUAUUCACCCUUGCAGGCACAAUCGGCAAAUAUUCCCUCUACAGUUUAACCUUUGCCAAUCAACGUUUGUCAGUCUUGUCAACAUUUUUCUUUCUUCUUCGUUUGGAUGGAUAUGAUAAUGUGACAUGUUACAUUUAACAGUAUUAAAUAAUCCUGGUCUACAAA